AAAGUUAAAAAAGAAAAAAAAAAUUGAGUAUAAAUGAGAGCCAGUGUGUGAUACAAUCUCAUUUUGGUUUUGAAGAAAGAAGAGGAUAUAGAGCAAUCAAAUCGAUCAAUGGAAGAGCCCCAAUCGGCCCAGUCUGCUCAAUCCGGGAAGCUUCUGCGAUACGCGCUGCGAUCUGUGACUAAACCGAAGGAGGAGAAGCCACCGGCAGCAGAAUUGUCCAACCCCUCUGCGUCUAAGAGGGCAAGGCCUGCAUCAAAUGUGAGCAGAAGUGUGAGUGUGCUUGAUCUUUCGGGCAAGGACAAGCCUGUCAAGCCACCGAGGAGGCUCUCUGUUCCUAACAAGGCGGCUGGAACUGCAGCUCCGAAACUGGGUGGGAACAUCACUCCCAUUUCCGAGGCUAGAUCAAGGCGGCCUGCCAAAAGCGAAACGCCUGCUUCUGAUGCUUCUAGGCUGACAAGUCGGAAGAAGUUCAGUAUUCUGUCCUCAGAGUCAUACUGGCUUUCGCAGAUUAAGCUGUCCGAGGCUGCUGGCAAGCACUCAGUUUCACUUGGGUUUUUCAAACUAGCCUUGGAGGCGGGAUGUGAGCAACCUCUUCAGCGAUUGCGAGAUGAGCUAAAAAGCUAUGCACUUCGUCAUAAACUUGGUGAUGCUGACCUUGCAGUCCCACUGAAAGAGUUAUUUGAGAGCUACGGUGUUGUAGAAAACGAGCAGUUGCAGGUCUCCGAAACCUGUUCCCACGUACCUGAAGAGGGGACUCGGUCUUCUGAUGAAGAUGCCAAGAGCUCUUCAUCUACAAUGGGAACUAGGAAACUGAAACCCAAGUCGUUGAACACUGAUGCUGCUCAAGUUUCUCCGGUCAAAAACAAAGCCAAGAAGGAAAUGCCUCAGAAGAGCACUCCUGCAACCAGGACUAGGGCGUCUGUGGCAAAGAAGUCUUCAACUCCAGGACCUGUUUCUGACUCUGGGAUGCGCAGGUCAACAGCAAAGAAACCCCAGAACCUGAUUAAGCAAGAAGCUAAGAAUGAAAGGGAUAGGAAGAAGCAGGGGUACAAAUCCGCUGUUGAACAAGGCUCAGUUAGCACUACAUCUGCAGAGGAAGCACUGAAUGAGAACAAAGAAAAUGAGGAUGCUGCCUCAAUGGAGGAGAUAAGUUUGACUGAAGUUGCAUAAACACAUUGUCCAAGAUGCUAAACCAAUUGCAUUCUCAUACUCCUGUUGGGUCUGUCUUUAGUGUUUUUUUUUGUGGAGGAUUCUUAUGUAUAUAAAGUUUUAGGUCAAAGUUUUCAGUCUGUUUGGUGAAACCAUUUUGAUUUGCGUGUCCUUGGUUUAAACUGGGGUUGUUUGUUUAUUGUUAUUCAACUGCUGGUGAUUUCGAUUGUACUAAACUGCAAAGUUAUCUAUAGUACUAUUCUUCAUCAUA